GUGCGAGAGCAGAAAUUGAACGAGCAGACGUCUUUAUAUUACCGACGAGACAAGUUCUAAAUAUAACGUCGUCGGAAACAGAAUUUGUGUACCAACAAAUUUUUUUUGUGUUUUGUACGUUGAAAAUAUUGAAGCGUGGGAUAGCGGCGAGACAUCUUUAUCAAGAUGGGGGACAUGUUUCGCAGCGAGGAAAUGGCGCUAUGCCAAAUGUUUAUACAACCGGAGGCUGCCUACACUUCUGUCUCGGAAUUGGGCGAGACUGGUUGUGUGCAGUUUCGUGAUCUGAACAGCAGCGUCAAUGCUUUCCAGCGUAAAUUCGUCACCGAGGUGCGCCGUUGCGAUGAACUCGAACGCAAAAUACGCUACAUUGAGGCGGAAAUCAAGAAGGAUGGUAUUGUCUUGCAAGACAUUCUCGACGACAUUCCACGCGCCCCUAAUCCACGCGAAAUCAUUGAUUUGGAGGCUCAUUUGGAGAAAACCGAAAAUGAAAUCCUCGAGUUGGCCCAAAAUGAAGUUAAUCUCAAGUCAAACUACUUGGAAUUGACCGAAUUGCGUAAGGUGCUCGAGAAUACGCAAGGUUUCUUCUCCGAUCAGGAAGUGCUCAAUUUGGAUUCUAGCAAUCGCGGUCCGAAUGCCGUCGAGGAGGUCGGUCCACAGAAUCGUGGUCGCUUGGGUUUCGUUGCGGGCGUGAUCAAUCGCGAGCGUGUAUUUGCGUUCGAGCGCAUGCUUUGGCGUAUUUCACGUGGUAACGUUUUUCUAAAACGUUCCGAUUUGGACGAUCCACUUAAGGACCCCACUACCGGUCAUCCGAUAUAUAAAACCGUCUUUGUGGCAUUCUUCCAAGGUGAGCAGCUCAAGAAUCGCAUUAAGAAGGUGUGUACAGGCUUCCAUGCGUCCAUGUAUCCAUGCCCUAGUUCGCAUACCGAACGCGAAGAGAUGGUAAAAGGUGUGCGUACACGUUUAGAAGAUCUGAAGCUGGUAUUGAGCCAGACCGAAGACCAUCGUAGUCGUGUGUUGGCUACCGUAUCCAAGAACCUACCUUCUUGGUCAAUUAUGGUUAAGAAGAUGAAGGCCAUCUAUCACACACUGAACUUAUUCAACAUGGACGUUACGAAGAAGUGCUUGAUUGGCGAGUGCUGGGUGCCGACCAAGGAUCUGCCAGUUGUGCAGAAGGCCUUGUCAGAUGGCUCAGCUGCCGUGGGCAGUACUAUACCAUCGUUCUUGAAUGUGAUUGAUACUAACGAACAGCCGCCAACAUUCAAUCGUACAACCAAGUUCACACGCGGUUUCCAGAAUUUGAUUGAUGCCUAUGGUGUAGCCUCCUACCGUGAGGCUAACCCAGCUCUGUACACAUGCAUCACUUUCCCAUUCUUGUUCGCUGUUAUGUUCGGUGAUUUGGGUCAUGGCCUGAUUUUGGCGUUGUUUGGCGGCUGGAUGGUAUUGUGUGAGAAGAGCUUACAAAGGAAGAAGGGCGGUGAAAUUUGGAAUAUUUUCUUCGGCGGUCGUUACAUCAUAUUAUUGAUGGGUUUGUUCUCGUGCUACACUGGCUUUGUCUACAAUGACAUAUUCUCCAAAUCGAUGAACAUCUUCGGAUCAACUUGGAAAGUACGAUAUAACACGUCUACAGUACUUGAAAAUCCCACAUUACAGUUAUCGCCAAAUCACACCACAUACGGAGUCUAUCCCCUUGGCUUGGACCCGAUUUGGCAAUUAGCCGGUAAUAAGAUUAUUUUCCUCAACACCUACAAAAUGAAGUUGUCCAUCAUUGUGGGAGUGGCACACAUGAUCUUCGGUGUUUGUAUGUCCGUAGUGAAUUUUGUGCACUUCAAACGUUAUUCCAGCAUAUUUCUGGAAUUCCUCCCACAAAUUCUUUUCCUAUUGUUACUCUUCGGAUACAUGGUGUUCAUGAUGUUCUUUAAAUGGCUAAGAUACUCACCGAAGGCCACAUUCCAACCGGAUACUCCUGGAUGCGCACCAUCUGUUCUGAUUAUGUUCAUCAACAUGAUGUUAUUCAAGAGUACGCCCCCAUUAGAUGGCUGCGAUGAGUACAUGUUCUCGGCACAACCGAACGUUCAGCAAUUAUUCGUCUAUAUCGGUUUGCUGUGCAUUCCCUGGAUGUUAUUGGGCAAGCCACUCUUCAUCAAAUUCACACGCAAAAACAAAGUGCAUGUCAAACACAAUGGCGAUUUAACUGGCAAUAUCGAACUGGCCGAAGGUGAAACACCGAUACCGACAAGCCUCGAUGAGGCCAAUCACAGUGGCGGCGAACACGAAGAAGAACCCAUGAGUGAAAUCUAUAUUCAUCAGGCCAUUCACACCAUUGAAUACGUGCUCAGUACAAUUUCGCAUACGGCUUCCUAUUUGCGUUUGUGGGCUCUAUCGUUGGCGCAUGCACAACUGUCCGAGGUAUUGUGGAGCAUGGUUCUAGCGAUGGCUCUGAAGAGUUCGAGCUAUACAGGCGCUAUUGCCUUGUAUUUCAUCUUCGGCGCUUGGGCCUUGUUCACACUGGCCAUCUUGGUCAUGAUGGAGGGUCUUUCGGCCUUCUUGCACACCCUGCGUUUGCAUUGGGUGGAAUUCAUGAGCAAGUUCUAUGAAGGUUUGGGCUAUGCCUUCCAACCAUUCAGUUUCAAAGCAAUAUUAGACGGCGAAGAGGAGGAAUAAACGAAACGUUGCGUUCUCCAAAAUUGUUAUGUAUUCGCUUGAUUUUAUGCGAUAUCAGUAUUGUGGUACUCUUCCCACACCUCAAAGUGCCUUCCAAUUAGUUUUUCUUUUGUUUUAAACCUUUGUGGUUUUCUUGUCUGUCUGUGUCAUUAUGUUUAUUACAGAUCUUGUACGUACAGAAAUACUUGUUUUUAUUUAAAUGCUUUUAGUUUGUUCAAAUGAUGACUACGUACAUAAACCUUCUGUUUCGCAUUCGCAAAAUAUUACGAAACUAGAAUGCAAAUAAUUUAUGUAGGUGUGUCUGUCCAUCGGUAUGAUAAUAUUGUUUAAUAAAGUUUGUAGAAGAGAAUAAAGCAAAGAG